CUAUCCAGCCAUCCGUGAAAUUCAAUCAAACUUAAUUUUUUUUCAAUUUUCGGCUUCUGUUCAUAUUUAUAAUAUUUAUUAAUCAUGGUCACGCACAUCGAUUACAGGAUUUCCUUCAUAUUGUUAUGGUUUCAGACAGUAAAGUCGAUGUCCUUAAUAAACCAACAUUCGUAUUUUAUGGAUAACAGUGGACCCGAAAAUGACGUGGCUGACAUAAUAGUGUCCAAAGGAUAUUUGCCAAACGAAAAAGAUUUGCCCAAAACCUCUAUAGUAAAGAAUGUUGAUAACGACAUCACGUACUUACUUUCAAAGUUGUCCGAUGAAGAACUUGUUAAAUUACUAAAUGAACAACCUCAGAAAAAUGUAUACGAUUUGAGCGACAUUGUAAAAGUAGCCGUUGGCAGUGAAACUAAAAACUCUGUAGAUAAUAAAUUCUCAGGCACCGAUUACUCAGAUGCGAGUAAAAGCCACGGUUUAGGUUUAUUUACACACCAUGCUCAAAAUGACAACAAAAGAUUCAGAACAGUAGGAUCAGAAAAAGAAAGCCCACAAGGCCAAGCUUUUUUCAGGCUGGAAAAUAAGCCAGUAGAACCAUUCAAUUUCAAGUCAAAAGAGCCUGAUACUGAGUACGUUGCCCUUCAGAAACUAAAUAACUUGCUCUAUAGCCGUCCACAGGAAGAUCCUAAAAUUGAAGAUGACGAUGAUGCAAAGAAAGAACUACUUUUCGAUAUUCUUGUAGCUCAACUCAAAGCGCUUUGUUGCAAGAGGAAAUAUCCAGCGAAAAAACAGGACUUAAAAAAAUUCCAGUACAAAACAUUAUUGAAUCAACUUCUUCCACAGCAGGACUCAAAUCAUUAUAAAACUUAUGUCUCUGAAAAGGAUGCUCCGUCGGAGAUAUAUAAAAAAGCUAAUAACGAAUUUAUGUUUCUGAUAAUAAAUGACGAAAUUAAAAGUAACGCGAGCGAAGAGUUAAUAUCUGUAGAUCCUGAAAGUCUUGAGAAAAACAGCAGUGUCCUUUUGCUUGGACCAAUCACUACACCUUUAACGGACACACAGUUGAAAGCAGUUAUGAAACGUAUCUCAAACGAGUUAGCAAAGCCUGACUAUUUGCCACUCUUACAACAGUUGUCAGACGGAACACUGAGCGACAGCAAUAUAAGGUUGAUGAAGAGUUUAGUCACAGGGCCUGAGACGCGACGUUACAUAAAGCCCCAUAGGUGCAACCAUCAAGCACCUCUCGCUAAAGUCUUCGGAGGCCCAAAAUGGAUAAUUUGCACGGGAUAUCUUAAUUUAAAUACACCAAGUUUAUAUGACUGAAAUAAAAUCUACUUUUUAAUCUUUCCUACACAAUCAAAUGUGAACAUAAAAUCAUUAUGUAUGGAGCAGAUUUAUGUAUUUCUAUAGAUGUAAAAGAUUGAUUCGUCCCCAGUGAAUCUCCAACAUUUUUAUAAUCAACACAGCAGACGUAAACUCUUCAUACAUUUAAGGAAAAUUUAAGAUACUGGCAACUAUUGGUGAUAACUAUUGAUCGCGAAUUCAUGACAAGAUUUAUGUUGUCAAAAAGUGUCAUUAUUACAACAAUAUAGAUAAUGUGCUAGUUACACAAGUCACAAACAACGAGUUACGAGCAGAUUUUAAGAACGUUAACUGUUUUAAGAAGGUGAAUUAUGAAAUGAAGACAACCGAUUUUGUUUAAUAUAUCGGACCGCACAACAAAAUAAGAAGAUAGCAGAUCCGAUACGCCGUCGUCGUGUGCCGUAUUCGUAUAUCAAUUCACACACACAAACAAAAUGUGAUUUUUUAGUGUUGCAAUAAUAUAUACCGUAUUUUAUUUUACCCGAGUCUUAAGUAACAACAAAAAUCGAUAUCUAAUAAGGAAAGAA